CCAUCACUGCCUCCCAUUUCGCUGCGCAUUCUUUCAUUGACCCUGAAUCGAUUGCGCAGUUGACAAAAACGGCGCAAUCGCAAGUGGCGGUGGCGGUGGCGGUGUUGGCGUUGGAUUUCGAGAACAGAAAUAGGAAAACGACUGUAGCUCUGUUCCGGGAGUUGCAUCGGACUUUACUCUGUGUUGCUUUGUGUGAACUUGACGUUUUCUUGGUGGUGGAAUAGAAUCGGUCGAGUUUUGGUGGUAAUUUGAGUAGAAGAGCAUUGGAUGUCGAAGUGGUUGGAGUUUAGUCGCUGCUUGAGGUUAGUUAGUUGAUGAAGGGCAGGGUGUAAAAAUCGGUGAGAUUUCGGUGAAGUUCGUGGUUGGAUUGGAUAAUUGUUCACGUAGUGGUUUGAAGUUUGGGGUUUCGCGUGCUGUCGAGCAAUGAAACAUUUGCCCGAGGGCACGGACCCGCGGUCGGGAUAUCGGAGCAGCGAUGGAAUCUACUUCAGCAAGCGGAAGCCGGUGUGGAUUCCACAGGCUUGUGAUUUGGAUUUGGGAAGUUAUGUGUUCGCCCCUCAGUUUGGGGAUAAGAAGGCUCUGAUGGACGCUCCAAGCGGGAGGCAUUUGACCUACGAUCAGCUGGAGAGGCAAGUGCGAGCGUUGGCGGCAGGAUUGUACAAGUGCCUGAACGUUCGGCAAUACGAUGUUGUGAUGCUUUUGUCUCCGAAUUGUAUUGAGUUUCCCGUAAUCUUCUUAGCUGUAGUAUCGCUUGGAGCAGUGCUGACGACGGUCCAUCAGGCGAACACAGCGGGGGAGGUUCAGAAGCAGAUGAAAGACUCAGGGACAAGGCUUAUAUUCACGACGGCUGCUCUAACGGAGAAGAUUGCGGGGUUCGAUCUACCUGUGGUGAUUUUUGGAGAUGAUGAGGUUGUUCCUGGUUUCAGCAGCAAGCCGAUCCACCAGUACACAGAAUUGCUAAGAACUGACCCAUAUGGUGUUCCAAGGGUUAAAAUCAAGCAGCAUGAUACGGCUGCUCUGUUGUACUCAUCUGGCACCACCGGGACCAGUAAAGGGGUGGUCCUUACGCAUAGAAACUUCAUCUCAUUAUGUUGCAUGUUGAACGCCGGGAGCGAUGAGACGCUCUCGCCUGAUGAUGUUCUUUUGCUUUUACUCCCAAUGUUCCAUGUUUAUGGGCUUGGAAUUUGCACGGUGGCCUCUUUGGCUCGUGGAAUAAUGCUGGUUGUGAUGCCUCAGUUUGACUUCGUGAACAUGCUCUCGACCAUUCAGACCUACAGAGUUACCCAUUUGCCUUUAGUGCCCCCAAUUGUCAUUGGGUUGGCAAAGCAGGACAUUGUGUUCAAGUUCGAUUUGAGCUCUUUGGUACAGAUUAUAAGUGGGGCGGCUCCUCUGGGGAAGGAAAUGUUGGAAGCUUGUGCUAAGCGACUCCCAACCGUCCAAUUUAAGCAGGGAUAUGCACUGACGGAAUCAACGGCUGGUUGCACCACAUGCCCAGUUAACGUCGAUGAUGCGGCAGCUCAUUUUGGCAGUUCUGGUUGGCUUCUUCCAAACAUGGAGGCUAUGGUUGUUGACCCUAAUACCAACCAGCCCUUGCCCCCCACCAAGGAGGGAGAGCUUUGGAUCCGGGGACCAACCAUCAUGAAAGGGUAUUUAAAUAAUCCCAAGGCAACAUCAGAAUCCCUUGAUAAGGAUGGUUGGCUCCACACUGGUGAUCUUGUUGUAAUCGACAACGACGGAUAUCUUGAUGUUAAAGACCGACUGAAGGAGCUUAUCAAAUACAAUGCAUUUCAGGUGGCACCUGCUGAGCUCGAAGCUUUGUUACUAUCCCACCCAGCUGUCCUGGACUGCGCAGUCAUUCCAUAUCCGGAUGAGAUUUCUGGCGAGAUUCCGAUGGCAUGGAUUGUGCGACAGCCGGAGCAACAGCUUAAUGAAGACGAGAUCAUGGACUGGAUUGCGAAACAGGUGGCACCGUACAAGAAAGUGCGGAAAGUCGCUUUCGUUGAUGCAAUUCCCAAGUCUGCAUCAGGGAAAAUUCUACGCAAAGACCUAGUGCAGUUGUCAAGAGCGAAAUCAAAUCUCUAGGGUGUGCCGGUUGGCUAUUUCAUGCAGUUGAUCAGUUUCUGUGCUCAGUUCAGCAGGCAGUUUAUUUAUUCAAGUCACCAAAUGUAAUAGGUUCAGUAAUCCUCAGUAUUGGCGCCAGUAAUAGAUGAUGACGCCUUGUUCCUUGUACUCCACAUCAAUGGUCACUGGUGUCCCAUGCCAAUGCCUACACCAGAUCAUGUCUGGAUACACAUCUUGUGCUAAUACUCGCCCUUCAGCACAUCGUGUAUUUCUAUCACUAAGGAACCCCCUUUUAAACCA